UGGACAACAUUGGCAUAUGCUUUCGUUUACACGUUCACAGCAAAUGCUCUGCUUUUUGAAGAAUAUGCAAGAAAAAUUGUGGAUGGAAUUAUGAGUCGACCCUCUCUACGAAGAAGCACUCGGACUCAGUCGAAGGCAAAAGAACCAAAAGAUAAAGAUAGCAGAAUUACAGACUCGACUCCCUGCAGAGUAAAUAAUACACGUCAAGUACCCGUGGGCAAAAAACAGGUGAUAAGUGUUGUAAAACAGAGAAAAACCGUUAUUGAUAAAGAAGACAAUACAAACGAUGUAGUGUGUAUUGAUGACGAGCCAGAACAGAGUGAUGACAGUUUCCAAUCCCAGAAUGCCCUGGUCUCUGACAGAGACAUUUAUUUGUGUUCACAAGAGACCUCUGCAGAAGUAUUGUGGGACUGUUCAUCUCCCGACAUGCGGAAAUACCAUCGAUCUAAAAGGAAAAGAGGUCACAAAAGUAAUGUCGGCGACAUUGUACAGACACUCUCUACAUCAAAAUGUGAUGAUGAUUCAGAAGAUGGAACCAAGCCGGGACUUCUGGGAUUGUGGAUGGACUCAGAUAUGCCUGAUAGCUCAAAGCCAGUGACAAAUUUCUCUGCUUUCUCUCCUACAAGUAGUUUUCCACCUCCUCGCACUCAUAAAGAGAAACAAAAACCCACUGUUUCCUUGUCUUCUGUAUUAAAAGAGAAACUGUCUAUGAGAAUUAAAGAAGAGAAAUCUCCUGUACUUUCAGCCAAGUACACAAGGUAUUCUGAAAAGAGGAAGAGAAAUUCUGAGUCAAUGGAUAUAAGUGAUACAGGGGAAAGUCCAUCUAAAAUCAGCAAGACUGCUCCAUCUAUAUCUAACAAUGGUGAUCAGACUAACGUAUGGGAAAAUUCAAGUGAAACUUCUUGGAGUGAGGAUGACUUUUAUGGUGAUGAGUCCUUCAUUAUAAAAGCAACACAGAUUCCAAAUGAACCAAAUAAAGGUGCAAAAGUCACAAAAAAUACAGAUACUAAGCUAUGCACUAAAACACUGUCAAAAUAUUCAAAUCAGAAAUGUGCAGCAAGUCAUUCCACAGAAAGUGCUUUUGUGACAAAAACUGAAAAGCAAAGUGCAAACUCUUGUCAGAGACAGCAGUCUACAAAAAAGGACACAAGUUCAAAACAGCAGUCCGCAAAAAAGGACACAAGUCCGAGACAGCAGUCCGCAAAAGAGGAGACAAGUCCAAAACAGCAGUCUGCAAAAAAGGAGACAAAAACUACAAUCAGUGAAUCAAAAGUAGUUAAAUUUCCUGAUUCAGAGAAAAAGAAAUCAAGUAAAAGAAACAGUCUGGGAUUUAAUUCAAGUUUAUCUGAUGACAUCCUUUGUCAAGUAGUGGAGGUUGACUGCAUUUUAGACAGUCAAGUACAAAGUGAUAAAAUGGAUAAAAACAAGGGCCUAAAGACUCAAAAAAGUAAUUUAAUAUCUAUGACUAGUGAGAAAAGUAACUCUGCCUCGAAUAUAUCUGUUGAAAAUAAUGUAAAAGAGGUUAAAGUGACACCAGUUUCACAUCCAAUAAAGAGUACCAGUCGAGGGUAUUCAUUUGUACAAAAAGGGAAAACACUUUCAAAUCACACAGCAUUAAAUUCAACCAAAACACAGAUUUCCAAAAGCAAAGUGGAAUCGCAGAGAAACCAACAAAAUGGUAUAGCUGUAAAAUUGAACUCUAGUGAGGCGACCAUGGGGGAGAUUCCAGAUGAAAGUGCUGAUCUGUUCAACUCCGAUGAGGAGGACUUGUUAAGUGAACCUCAGGUGCUGGCUUUACUAGACGCUGUGGAAUCACAGGCUCCCAAAGCAAACUGUUCUCUGUCAAGCAGCCAACCCAACAUGACUCAAGAGGAAUCUACACAGAGUGUUUCUCCUUGUAAGAGAAAGAAGGACUCAGAUACAUUCCAUGUAGUUACUCCAGAAAAGUGCACGCCUGAAGAAAUACAGUGCAAGAGAAAUGCAGCCAUUGCUAAAAGACUUUCAAACAGUCAACCAAACUCAAGCUCAUGGAAUGUCUCUUCACCAGAAAAAAGAUUUCCCCAAGAGUUCAGUCCCCAUAAAUGCACUCCUGAAGAAAUUCAGCAGAAAAAGAAUGCAGCAAUUGCCAAAAGACUUUCCAGUAGUCAGCAAAGUGAAUCAAAUAACACCCAGACCAAAGACCGCAUCACAAAGUUAUGUCUUUCACCCAGCAAGGAGGGAAUGGCUGAAAUUCCAUCAUUAAGUAGUACUCCACGCAAGUGUAGUCCCGAGGAGAUUCAAAAGAAGAGGAAUGAAGCACUCGCUAAAAGACAGAAAAAAUGUUCUGGGAAUAAAUCAAACAGUGUGCCAGUGCUUUCGGUAUUUCAGGAAGUGUGUAAGAAGGAACAUGUUGGACAACCAACUUCUCUACCAGAGACUCCUGUUAGUAGGGCUAUCAAAAAAGAGGCACCUGACAGUAGUGUUCCGUCGGACUCUCAGUUGAGUAGUUCAGUUCAGAAAGACAUUGAAAAAAGGAGGCUUGAGGCCCUAAAGAGACGCGAAUUAAAAUUGAAAGCUUCACAAAUUUGUAAAUCUUCUACAUAGAUAGAAAGUAUAGUAAAUCAGUCUUAGACAAGAUUUUAUUUUCCUGUGAUGAUUUAUAAAGCUUUAUAUAAAAUGAUUGAAAUCUCCAAA